UAUAUAUAGUACCUAUAUGAGAAAGAGAUCAGAAAUCAGUGAUGAUCAAGAAUGGGUUGUCGUAGAAAACUAAGUAGUGCAGAUAGGAUGUUGAAGCUUCCUCUUCUUCUUCUUCUUCUUCUUCAAUCAUCUGCAAAUGUUUUCAUUCUGCUUAUUAUCAUCAUGCUUUCAUGUGGUUUGGGAAAGGGGAAUGCUUCUGAACAAAGAGUUGGGUUAGAAGCUCAUCACCACCAUACUCUUCCACUCACUUCCAUGCUUCCACCCUUUGUUUGCAAUACAACCACUUCCAAAGGUCCAAGUAGAAAGGCAUCCAUGAAGGUUGUUCAUAGGUUUGGUCCCUGCUCUGCCCGGAUCCAGGACUCGCCAACCGUGAGUGAACUUCUGCUGCACGACGAGUCACGAGUCAACUCAAUCCAAGCCCGAGUGGCCAAGACCAAAGGAGAGAUGAGCGAGUCAAAAACCGCCAAUCUCCCGGCGGAGCAUGAGAGCCCAGGCGGCGUAGGAAACUACGUGGUGACGGUGGGAUUGGGGACGCCGGAAAAAGAGCUGGAUCUAGUGUUCGACACCGGCAGCCAUCUCACCUGGACUCAAUGCCAGCCCUGCGCCGGGAAAUGCUACAAACAAAGCGCCACAAUCUUCGACCCAGCAGCCUCAACCUCGUAUUCCAACGUAUCGUGUACCUCGCCGGCGUGCUCUGCGCUCCAGUCCGCCACCUUAUACCGCCCGUUCUGCGUGGAUUCCACCACCUGCGUCUACAGAGUGAGUUACGGCGACGGGUCAUUCUCCAUCGGCGAAUUCGCCAAGGACAAGCUGAGCUUAUCCGCCACGGAUUUGGUCGACGGCUUCUUGUUCGGCUGCGGCCAAAAUAACCACCUCUUCUUCGGCGACAACGCCGGACUGAUGGGUUUAGGGAGAGAUGGGCUCUCUAUAGUGUCCCAAACGUCCCAACAAUAUGGGAAAUACUUCUCCUAUUGUCUGCCCACAAGAACAGGAUCCGAUGGGCAUUUAACGUUGGGGAAGACUAAUAAUAAUAAUAAUCUCAGAUUCACACCUUUCUCAAGCUCACAGGACAAAACUGGGCUUUACUUCAUUGAUGUCUUGGCCAUAAGCGUUAACGGACGCCAACUCCCAAUCGGUCCGGCCGUGUUCAAGGCCUCCGGGACAAUUAUAGACUCCGGAACCGUCAUAACUCGGCUGCCCCCGGCGGCGUACGCGGCUUUACGUGACGCUUUCAGGCAGGGGAUGGCAAUGUAUCCGGCCGUGUCAUCAGGCGGCCGCUCGAGCUUCGACACUUGCUAUGACUUCACCGGAUAUCCUAACCCAAACAUUCCCAAGAUAAGCUUCACAUUUGGCGGCGAUUUGGUGGUUGAUUUGGGUCCUAGAUUGACCAUGCUGCCUCUGCAGGGAAGUGCGUCGCAGUUGUGUUUGGCGUUUCUUGGAAACCGGAAUGCUAGCGAUGUGGGAAUUCUGGGAAACUUUCAGCAGCAGACAUUGGAGGUGGUGUAUGAUGUUGCCGGAGGGAAACUGGGCUUUGCCUCCGGUGGCUGUUCUUGAACUUUUCCGAUCGAAGAUCGGAACUGAAAGGAUCCCAGCGGAUCAGCCAUCAAAACAUAUUCUCAGAAAUAAUGCAUGUGUUUUAUGUCUUCCAAUAAUAAACUUUUUGCAUAUUGAUUUACUGAAUAUUUUAGAUUUCUAAAUUCUAA